CGUCCAAGAUGGCGGCUCUCGCUGCUCUGUCAUUUCGUUCGGCUCUGUUUUCUCGGUGCUUUCUCUGUGCCCGUCGGGAUUUCAGCUCCAGGCAUGGACACGGGACAUCCAAAAGCUUCAGGGCGACCCUGGGAUUCGCCUUGGGAGGCGUCGCCGCCGUUUACGUGUCCGAUCAGUACCUGAAACGCAACGUAGUCCAUGCCCUCGCUCUACGGAAGAGGGACGAUGAUCUGCACAAGGCGGUCAGACUCACCACCAGAGAACGAAGAUUCAUCAAAUUCGCCUCCGUUGAGUACGACGGCCAGCUAUACAUGACGCCGCAAGAUUUCCUCGACAGUGUCGUCGAGUCUGUACCGAGACCUAGACUCAAAAGACGGAUUUUAUCGGACAACGAGAUCGAGGCUAUGAAAAAUGCUACACCGAGUCUCAGGCAGGGCAGUCCACAAAUGUUCCGAACACUGCGGGACAAAGGCAUCCUCUCUUAUACCGAGUACCUUUUCCUACUGUCAAUUCUGACCAAACCACAGACCGGCUUUCGGAUAGCUUUCAACAUGUUUGACAUCGACGGCAACGAACGAGUGGAUAAAACGGAAUUUCUCGUGAUUCGACGACUCCUGGGCGGUAGUCUUAAGGAACGGGAUCUCGACGAAGCCACGUCACGAGCCUUACGUACGCUCGUUGCUCCGAGCGAGGAGGCUCUGCGUGCUAAGGCAAAACUCCGGGACGCCGAUAUCGAGAAGAAUAAUGAAAUCGUCUCAAAUUCCUACAUGGAGAAGAUCUUCAGUCACGCCUGGCGUGGUAGACACGGUGGAAAUUCGGAGAUUAAUUCAUUGCCGGAGGUUGGAAGAUCAUCCGAUAUCGCUGUACCAGGAAAAUUUGACGAUGAUCAGGGACUCCAACGCCGUCACGCGGUCGACACGACAUUGACGACCCAUUUCUUCGGGAAAACCGGCAAGGACGAACUGAAGUACGACGGCUUUCGUCGAUUCAUGGAAAACCUGCAGCGUGAGGUGCUCGAGCUGGAGUUUCACGAGUUCAGCAAGGGGCACGACACCAUAUCCGAAAUGGACUUCGCCAAAAUACUGCUUAGAUACACCUACCUCGAUACGGACGAGUACGACAAGUACUUGGAUCGGCUUCUGGAUCGCAGCAGCCACGAAGUUGGCAUCAGCUUCGAAGAGUUUCGCGUAUUCUACCAGUUUCUCAACAAUCUCGAAGACUUCACGAUCGCUAUGAGAAUGUACACUCUGGCCGAUCAUCCGAUCUCCAAAGAUGAAUUUCAUCGCGCCGUGAAGAUCUGCACUGGGACGAGCCUAACCACCCACAUAGUGGACACAGUUUUUGCGAUAUUCGACGUAGACGGGGACGGCCAGCUGUCGUAUAAAGAAUUCAUUGCCAUAAUGAAGGACAGGCUUCACAGAGGAUCUAAAUCACAAACACGAAGCGAGGGCUGGGAGGCGUUCAAGUUCUGUUUGAAGCAAGAAAUGAAGGCACCGUGAAUUAACAACGGAAAACUAUGUUAAUCUGUGAUUAUUGUCAGCAGAAAAUACCUUCGUCACUGUAAUAUUAUUCAAUUAGUGCCAUUCAUUUAUUUAUUUAAUUUAUUUUCAUUUUUAUG